AAAAGAAAAAGACCUUUCCUAGCAGAGGUUCUGUGUGAUUUGUCUGUGCAGAGGGAGUUCCCCUCCCUCAGCUCUUUCAGUCUUUCCUCGUGAUCAGCAGCUGCAAAAAUGUGACCUGUGAGUGCUCCUGAUGUUCAGCAGAGCAAACUGCUCCUGAUCCCUGCCACAGCUGACAGGACUGGGCAGAGUCCUCUUUGCAGGGCUGCUGCUGAGUUUGGGGCUGAGUGUUGGUGUGUGUGCCUCUGGAUUAUCCUCCUGUAGAUGCAGCCCACCAUGAUCAGCUGCAUUUUUAUUCUUUUUACAAUAGCAUGAGAUGCUUGGGUCCACUCUAAGCUGUGAACUGAUGUGGCCAGACAUCCUUUGUACUGACUGGCUGCCUCUGCCCUUCUCUGGAUCUCUAGACAAUUCCCACCACUCACUAGUUCUUUGUGUUUCCUCACAUUACUUGGCACCCCCUCCCCUUUCCUCUUCUCCCCCUGCUGUUUUUCUAAUCUAUCGAAAUAAUUUUUAAUUGUUACCUUGUUCUGCAAAAUUCAGGGUGACAAUUGUCUGCAGUAACUGCUCAGUUCAGCUGAACAGUAACUGGGGGGAAACACGUUCUGUGUAGGUGUAGUUUGAGGGUGAGCCUCUCAUUACCCCAUGAGAAUGCCUUUUAUUUUCUUCCUCUCCUUUGUGUCAGCAUUUCACCGAGUUUCCUUGGGAUGAUGUUUCCAUGGUCCAUAUCACUUGAUGCAGUGACAAAAUCCUGGAAACACUGGUGUAUUCAGGAUGGAUUUGAGAGUGAUGGUUAAAGGCUGUGUCAGACUCUGAUGGUGUAAGGAAGCUGCUCUUGCAUCCUUUAGUGGGGCAGUGUGGUACCCACACUGCUUUCUGCCAGCUAAAUCUCUCCUCCCCCCAGGUUUUGCAGCACUGAGGAUCUUCACUGCUCUGGAGCUUUGGGAGAAGGGAGAAGAAUCAGCCCAAACCUCCCUGCUGGGAAUUGCACAAGAAGCAUUCCAGCUGGGGGCAGGGGUCUGUGUGGCUCUGCUCUUUACACAGCUGAAGCUUAAUUGGUACAAAGCUGCCGAUAAGGGUGCACUGUGCAGGGCUGGAGUGAAGGUAGUUCAUGCAGAAGAGCUGAGCAGAGGGAAGAAGUCUCCUGAAUCCGUUCAGCUGCCCAGAUUCCCGGCAGCCCUGGCCGCGGUGGGAGCCCGUCAGCCCCUGGAACGGAGCACGGAGCGGGGCAGGCUGCGUAGCAACUGCUUGGAGAAGUGGAACUCUGCUAUUGCACACGGGGGAAAAUGCCUCUGCUGAAGUUUCUCUAGCUCCAGCUUGGUGAAUAAAGAUCUGUCGCUUUGGAGUUCCUCACGGCAGCUCUGUCACUACUGACUCAUCCAUCUGCUUCAGGAAAAUGUUUGCUGUCCACUUGCUAGCUUUCCAUUUCACAAAGCUAAAAGAGGAUCAAAUAACAAAGGUGGACAGGUUCCUGCACCAGCUGCGCCUCUCUGAUGAUGUCCUGCAGGAUGUGGCAGCUCGUUUCCAGGCUGAGAUGCUGAAGGGGCUGGCCAGGGACACCAACCCCACGGCAGCAGUGAAGAUGCUGCCCUCGUUCGUGCGCUCGCUGCCCGACGGCUCAGAGAAGGGGGAGUUCCUUGCUGUGGACCUGGGGGGCUCCCAGCUCCGUGCCCACCAGGUGAGGGUGUCUGAUGAUGGCAAGCAGAGCAGCCAGCUGGAGAGCAAGUUCUACCCCACACCCAAGGAGGUCACCCAGGGCAAUGGAGCUGAGCUCUUUGAUUACAUUGCUGACUGUCUGUCAGACUUCAUGGACACCAGAAACCUGAAGCAGAAGAAGUUGCCUCUUGGCUUUACAUUUUCUUUUCCAUGCAAACAGACCAAGCUGGAUGAGGGGGUUCUCCUUGAGUGGACCAAGCACUUCAGGGUCCGAGGAGUGCAGGGCACAGACGUGGUCAGCUCCCUGCACAGGGCCCUCCAGAAGCACCAGGCAAGUCCACUGAUGGCAAUUUUUAAGGACAUAGAUGUUGAUGUUUUGGCCCUGGUCAAUGACACGGUGGGAACCAUGAUGACUUGUGGAUAUGAUGACCCGCGCUGUGAAGUUGGACUCAUAAUUGGGACUGGCACCAAUGCCUGCUACAUGGAGGAGAUGAGGCACAUCAGCCUGGUGGAGGGGGACGAGGGCAGGAUGUGCAUCAACACAGAGUGGGGGGCCUUUGGGGACGAUGGGGCUUUGGAUGAUCUCCGCACGGAGUUCGAUCGGGAGCUGGAUCUGGGAUCUCUCAACCCUGGAAAACAACUGUUUGAGAAGAUGAUCAGCAGCCUGUAUUUGGGGGAACUUGUGAGACUUAUUCUCCUUAAAAUGACCAAGGAAGGUCUGCUCUUCAAUGGGAAAGUGUCAGCUGCUCUGCUUACUAAGGGCAAGAUUGAAAUGAAACACGUGUCUGCAAUGGAAAAGUACAAGGAAGGCCUGAGCAACACAAGAGAGAUCCUCACAGAGCUGAAGCUGUUUCCCUCAGAGGAGGACUGCGUUGCUGUGCAGCACGUCUGCACCAUCGUCUCCUUCCGCUCGGCCAACCUGUGCGCCGCCGCGCUGGCCGCCAUCCUCACCCGCCUCAGGGACAACAAAAAGCUGCUGAGGAUGAGAACCACCGUUGGCAUUGAUGGGGGGCUCUACAAAACACACCCCAGAGCAUGAGGGCUGAGCUGGAGUACGGGCUGAAGAGGGAGGCGCAAGGCCAGGCCACGGUGAAGAUGCUGCCCACGUACGUGUGCGGGAUGCCGGAUGGGACAGAGAAAGGAAAGUUCCUUGCCCUUGACCUUGGUGGCACAAAUUUCAGGGUUCUGCUGGUCAAAAUCAAAAGCGGGAGAAGAAGAUCAGUGCAAAUGUACAACAAAAUUUUUGCCAUUCCUUUGGAGAUCAUGCAAGGGACAGGAGAAGAGCUCUUUGACCAUAUUGUCCAGUGCAUAGCAGACUUUCUGGAUUAUAUGGGGAUUAAAGGUGCUCGGCUUCCUCUGGGCUUCACCUUCUCCUUCCCCUGCAGGCAAACCAGCAUUGACAAGGGAACACUUGUGGGAUGGACAAAAGGAUUCAAGGCGACAGACUGUGAGGGGGAAGAUGUUGUUGAUAUGCUGAGAGAGGCCAUCAGGAGAAGAAAUGUAUGAAAAAAUGACCAGUGGAAUGUACCUAGGUGAAAUAGUAAGGGAAAUUUUGAUUGACCUAACCAAACAAGGGCUGCUGUUCAGAGGACACAUUUCGGAAUCACUCAGGAAAAGAGGAAUAUUUGAAACAAAAUUCCUGUCUCAGAUUGAAAGGUGCGGCGCGUCCUGCAGCACCUGGGGCUGGACAGCACCUGUGAGGACAGCAUCAUCGUCAAGGAGGUGUGUGCAGCCGUGUCCACCAGGGCUGCCAGGCUCUGCGGGGCAGGGCUGGCUGCUGUCGUGGAGAAGAGGAGGCAGAACCGAGGUGUGGAGCGCCUGCAGAUCACUGUUGGGGUGGACGGGACUCUGUACAAGCUCCAUCCGCAUUUCUCCAGGAUCCUGCAGGAAACAGUGAAGGAGUUGGCCCCUCAGUGUGAUGUGACUUUCAUGCUCUCUGAAGAUGGAAGUGGGAAGGGAGCUGCCCUCAUUACUGCAGUUGCAAAAAGGUUGCACAACGUUGGACAGAAGUAGAAAUGAGAGGCCAAGGAGCCCCAGCCCUGCCAGGCGUGUGCAGCAGGGGUUUGCUGGGUGGUGGUUCCACAAAGCUUUGCCAGCGCCAGCACAGGUAGCUUUUAUUGGGGAGCAGCUGGUUUUGACCAACCAGGAUUGUGGAUUUUUGGUAACUUGGUGUUUCUGCUCCUCACUAGAAUUAUGUCUUGGCAUGGCACAGCUCUGUACUUCCUGCAGCGCAUCUCCAAUGCUCGUGGGAGAGUGAAAACAAAACAAAAUCAACCCAAAUGUGUCUUUUUACAACAUCUUAAUUAAGCUGCUGCACCACAGCUGAGUUUAUCACCAGUUUCUUAGGAUUCUGUUCUUAGUUUUGCCUUGCUCUGGCUCGAAGAAUAUUGAGAUUCUGAUGUUGCAUCUCAUCUAGUGGAAUAUUUGUUCAAUGCUUCACAGGUUUUACAAUAAAUUUGGAGGUGAAAUAAAUGAAUGGACUGUGGUCAGUGAUGCUCCCCCUGCUGCUGCACUGGUUGCAAGUGUAAUGCAACACUUCCCUGAGGACAGGGAGGCAUGUUUAAUUAAUGAAUGUAAAGUAAAAAAAUGUGAUUCCACAGAAUAUCAAUUUGUGCCAAAAUGUGUCAGUGCAUCUGAGUCCCAUAAAGCUAAACCAGUGCUGCAUGGAUGCUGACUGUGACUGAUCCUUUGGAUCCUGCAGGAAUCAGAGAAGGUAAAAGGAGCUACAGAGUCUGCAGUGUCUGUGUCAGGGCUACACAGAGGGUAUCAAACAGGCCACCCAAAUAGUGUGUAGAGGGGAAAAAAAAAUCACCCAAAUUUCUGAAAGUCUCCUCUUUGUUUUCCCUCUGUUAUCUUCUUGCAUGUUCCUGAGAGAAUUGUUUCCAUUUUGUGCAAAGGAAGUUUAUCCUUGGUUUUCAUUUUCUGUUGCCUGCCUGUUUGUAGUCUGUUUGUAAAUAAAUCUGUGUUGUUGUGAGCCUUU